AUGGAAGAUUCCCCGCGUCUCCGAUCGCAAGCAUUGCGGAAGAUAGCUUCACUGUCUGCUACAUCAACAGAAGCCUCCAAGAAGCCAGACCUGACCAGACUCUACCAUGCUUGCCCUUCUGCCGAAUCACCCCACUCUGCUCACUCCCUUUCACAGUCUCCAAUUAGCCUGUCCGAGCUUGACGUACUAUUUGCUUUGUGUAAAGCCGCGCCACUGCUGGAUCAUGUGGACAACGCAGAACGGCUUCUCAGGCAACUGUCACCUUACCUGGGUGAGGCACAUGCUCAAGCUAUUGCCCCCUCGCCUUUCCUACGCUUGAUCAAACCAUCACCAUGGGAAGCACUCAGCUUUAACUUGACCAGCGCUCUACUUGUAAUCGGAAUUCGGCAUCCAGACCUUCAUGACCCAAUUUUUGCCUGCAUAACAGGAUACUUACGCAACUGCCUUAGCACCGUCAACGCUGCUUCUGGAAAGCGCUCCCACUCUGAAGGAUCCAGCAGCGACAAUGGCAUUGAAGAAAACCUUGAGAUUGCAGCCGUGUCAGUUUCCCUUCUGGGAUUCUUAGAGGCUGCUUCUCUCUACACAAACUUCUACAGUAUCUCCGAAAGGUAUGACUUGGUAGAAAUACUUCGACAAAUACUCGAUGAAGAUCUCAUGGUUUCAGUGGAGGGUGUUUUCUCCUCAGUUCGCACUGCUGAAAGUACUUCGAGAAUUUUGAUGGACUGGAAGUCAUACACAAAACGUUAUGCCGCCUCUGGAAGACCGCUGGGAGCGAUGCUUCUACAGCGUGGAUUCAUGAGACUAUUAGUGUCCUGCAGUUCGUUACAAGUAUCUCCGGCCGAGAAGUUACAGAAGACAGACAUUUUCGAUAUAGUGACGGCCGAGGAAGAUUUCACUCCUCGCGAGCACCAGAAUGCCACCACGUCUCUGUUGGAGCUACUGUCUGAUGUUGCAGCUGAAUCAAUGCGUCUACUCGAAGACGGAUCCGACUAUCUUCAGCUUGGCUCCGCGUGGCAGCAGCGGCUGGCCUUUGCCGUCAAAGCACACACUUUGCACACUUUCCUAAAUUGCAUGAUAGUUGAAGAGGAGAUUGCUGACGCUGACAUUCUCCUGUCGUGGCUUGAAGAUACUAUGGCUGAUCCCAUUCAGAUGGCUGAUGAUACAUUAGCAUGUGUCGUACUAAAGUCAAUGGCUGUAGUUGCCAAAUUCUCUCCUGCGAUCGCUUCCAAUCUUAGUCGCUCGCUGCCAAGAUUCAUUGUGCAAGGCGGCGUCAAAGGCGAAACGGUCAUCGUAGCCGCUCGCAGCUUGACAUUAAUACUUCGUAUGUUGCCACCAGAUGCGAUUAUCACGGGCCUCUACUCGCUCGGCAAUGUCCUAAGCGCUCGAGCCGGUACCGACAGGACUAUUGGUAGCUCAGACGUGCUAAAUGGGACUGCAAAUGCUUCUAGAACCACUGCACAAUAUACCCAGCAUUCUACUGGUAGUGCCAUCUCGUUGGACUUAAGUGGCGAGGAGGAGGCUUCCGCUGCCUAUGGCAGCAUAGUGCGUACCAUUGUCAGCAUCGCAAACAUCUGUCAAGACGACAAAAUUACGGCACUGGCGCAGUCAAUGCUUCUACAGAAGCUCGGGCGAGUGAGCUUGACAAUAGACCUACAUAUUAUUACGGAAACUGCCAGACUCGCCACGGUUGGGGGUUUCGUCGAGUUCAGAUCGCUGCUUAAACUGUACGCCAGACUAGGUCACGAUGCUAUCAUUCGAGGUAACCAGAUCCUUUUGGACACGGUGAGGAAUGCCAGACUGUUCAUCGCAAAAGCCUUGGGCCAUGACUCGCCCUUGUAUCAGAUCUACUUGGUCCAUCUGCUCGAGACCAUCGUCAGCAAGGGAGACGUUCAUGAAAGCGACAAUACCCAUCAGGCCGAUGUUGAUCUUGCCGCUCGAGAAAUCAUAGAGUUGCUCCCGCCUCUGGCUACUCUUGCAACUGUCAGAACAGACAAAGAGGGUAUUAGCGAUGACGAGAAUGUUGCACGUCUCCAUCACGAAGCAUGGUUCAACGUGGUUGUGCACGGCAUCACCCCAACUUCCUCAUACGGCCAAAAGUGCGCCAGCGAGCUACGUACUCUUGCAAUGCAGUCGAGGCCGCUCAUCCCUGAAGAUCGCGCUGAUCAGUUCGAGAGCGAAAUCGAGCUCAAUACUGUACUGCGACGAGGAAUGAAUGCUCCCCACACUGCAGAACAGAAGAAGCGUCUCAUUCUCCUACUGCCAAAAUGUGAAUCUGAUAUUAGAGGCUUGAGCUAUCCGAAGGUUAUAUUUCUCAAUGCUGCAUACCUAGUAGAGACACUAAGGGCAGGUGCGGGUGAUUGCUCUCAUGUCCUGACCUAUUUCUUGGAUCCGAGUCUCAAUGGUAGCGCUAUGGAAAACUGUAUGGGAGCGAUAGCAGACGAAGUUAUGACAGUUUACCUGAGGAGAAACAUGACUGCACCUCACCAAGACAAUUCAGCGCCCUUGAUUGCCACACAGCUAGCAUCCAUGUUUACUGGCUGCUGUCACCGAGUUCCUAGAGUACAGCAAGUCGCUGCUUCUUGCGCUGACAAAAUCAUCGGUCAGAUGCCCUCUUCUCUCUGCCAGAAGUCCUCUCUCUUUGCUCUUCUAGAAUUGCUUUCAAUCAUGUGGACCAGCUGUCUCGAAGCAGAGCUAGAUGAAUAUGAAUUGAAAGCAAAUUACGUGUCUGUGCGGGCAAGAGUGUCAGUGGAGCUUUCGGAUGACUACGAUCUUCGAAGAAGCACGCUCAACAACCUCUACAGGCGGGCAAAAAAAUGGGUGACGGCUGUCAUUAAUAUCGCGCCUCUCGAUGUCAAAGGGUUGCUACAGACAUACCUUUCUGAGUACGAUGAUGAGGGAGCAUAUGGCCAUGUGUCUUUAGGUAGAAGCUUCGCAUUGGAUAUGGGUUCCGUCAUACCGUCGGCGGAUCAGAAACUAGCAGUCAUUGACCAUCAUGGGGAGUGUAAUAUCAAUACCGCCUCCGAUUUUAUUGCUCAAUACACCACACGCCAGGAGUAUAGAUAUGCCGAUGGUCUACCUGAUUACGAUCAAGAGUGGGCAGCCUUUCUGCAUCUCAAGGGGAAGGCAGACCAACCUGCAGACGGGGGUACAACAGAGGCAGGGGAUGAUGAAGCCAUUUUGGCUCAUCUAGAACGUCGGGCGCUGAAUAGCCGAUUUGUUUCUAUUGGGGAGCUGCGUGAUAUACUUCGACGGGCCGCGGCUCUUCUGUGCAGAACUAACAAGGAUCAGUGUGCCAUCGUACAACAUCUUGUAGGCAUACCCUUCGCAAUGUUCACCAAACAGUCCAUUAAACUCGGUGUAUCGUUGUGGCUAGGCGUCAUAAACGAGAAUCCAUGUAUGGAGCCAAGACUCCUUGCAAUAAUUGCAGAGGACUGGGAGAAGACUGUAAGGAAUCAUGUGGGGGUCUUCAGCAGCAAACUCCAACACCUUGACCCGUUCUACAUCAAAGAGGAGUUUGCGCCUUCGGAGAAGACCGCCUUGAUGAAGAAACAGCAAGCAGCUCACAAUCUGAUUGCUCCUCAUCUUCGAAUACUGCAAUUCCUCUCCAGCCACUUUAACGCCGGCCGACUUGGGAGUCCAAAUUCGCAGCGGAUAUUUCAUAAGCUAAUAGUUGGGACUCUGGAAGGACUGAAAAGUUCUGCCGGACAUCCUCUAGCUCGUGAAUUCCACUUUCAAGUGAUUCUGUUUGGGCUCAACAUCCUCAGACAUGGGACCAGUAUCGAUCAAGCGGCCCGAUGGAGACUGAAAGAUACGAUCCUAAGCGCUGCGCUGUCUUGGUUCUCUCAUCCACCACGAUGGUCAUUUGGAGGAAAUCGCCUGCAGAUCAAAGCGGAAGUUCGUCUGAUGGCCGAUGUUGAAUCCGCGUUACGAGUUGUAUCUCCUCUCUUCGCGAAAUGUAUGGGAACACUGCAAUCGCUUGCUACAAAACAAGACUUACUCUUGAUGCUGGUCGAAGACGAGCACAUGCGUUUGGUCGUUUGGCUCUACCCGCUUGAUCACGAAAAGCGACACCUUUUCUCGUCGGGGCACCACGGCAAAGUUCCUUCAGAUGCAAUGCUCUCCUCGGUGUUGAGGACUGCAUGGACAGAGAACACUAGCCUUGCUGUACAACUCACUGUUCGCUUCGUAUCCUCAAAGCUUACCGGCGAGGUUCGCUCGAUGCUUUUGAGGUCUCCAAUCCGUGCGAUUGCAGAGCCUGACGCACUUCACAUUCUCAUCGGGCCUUCGCUGCCAGCUGAUAUUUCAAUCCAUCUCAAGUAUCUGCUCUACUGGGCUCCUGUUAAUCCCAUUACGGCAGUCACGUUCUUCUUGCCGGAAUAUCGCAACGACCCGUUCAUCAUCCAGUAUGCCAUGCGAGCAUUGGAAAAUCAUUCUGUUGAUGUGACAUUCUUCUAUGUUCCUCAAAUCGUCCAAACACUCCGUUACGAUGUACUUGGGUACGUUCAGCGAUAUAUCAUCGAGACUGCAAAAUUCUCGCAGCUUUUCGCUCACCAGAUUAUCUGGAACAUGACUGCAAACGCUUACAAAGACGAAGACUCAAGCAUCGAGGACUCGCUAAAGCCAACGUUAGACGUGGUCAAAAACAGGAUGACUGCUAGUUUCUCGGGAACAGAUCAGUCGUUCUACGAGCGAGAAUUCUCUUUCUUCAAUGAGAUAACGGAUAUCUCUGGCAAGCUUCGGCCUUUCAUCAAGAAAAGUAAACCGGAGAAGAAGCAAAAAAUCGAGGAGGAGUUGCGGAAGAUCAAGGUUGAAGUAGGGGUUUACUUACCUAGCAAUCCUGACGGUACCGUGAUCGGCAUUGAUCGAAAGUCUGGUAAACCCCUACAAAGUCACGCGAAAGCGCCGUACAUGGCCACGUUCCGGAUCAAGAAGAACCGCGGCGGUAUGGAAGGGACAGAUAAUAUGCUGGAAAGGACAAAUCAAAACAAGGAGACAGGCCGAAACGGACCAGUCACGCAAGAAGAUACCUACGAAGUUUGGCAGUCAGCUAUAUUCAAGGUAGGGGACGAUUGUCGGCAAGACGUGCUGGCCUUGCAGAUGAUUGCCGCAUUCCGAGGCAUAUUCAACAACGUCGGCCUGGAUGUCUAUGUCUACCCGUACAGAGUGACGGCCACAGCCCCUGGGUGCGGCGUUAUUGACGUUUUGCCCAACUCGAUAUCGAGGGACAUGCUAGGUCGAGAAGCGGUCAACGGACUGUACGACUAUUUUGUGUCGAAGUAUGGUGCCGAGAACUCAAUCAGAUUUCAAGAAGCGCGAAACAAUUUUGUCAAAAGCAUGGCUGCCUAUUCGGUGAUCUCCUACCUUCUCCAAUUCAAGGACCGACAUAAUGGAAACAUCAUGGUAGACGACGCCGGACACAUCCUGCACAUUGAUUUUGGCUUCUGCUUCGACAUUGCCCCCGGUGGCGUCCGUUUCGAGCGCGCGCCUUUCAAGCUCACCUCGGAAAUGGUGGCGGUGAUGGGGGGCAGUACGUCGUCGCAGUCAUACAAGUGGUUUGAGGAGCUUUGCAUCAAGGCAUUUCUGGCCUCGAGACAGCACACGGAGAAGCUGUGUCACAUUGUUGUGCUCAUGCUUGGCAGUGGGUUACCGUGCUUUAAGCCGGAGACUAUUGCUCAUCUGCGGCAGAGGUUUGUGCUGGAGAAGAGCGAGAGAGAAGCGGCCGACUUCAUGAGGGAUUUGAUCAAGAAAAGCUACAGCAGCUAUUCGACCAAGGGUUAUGAUCAAUUUCAAUUGUUGACGAAUGGGAUACCUUACUAG